GGAUCUCCCCCACCUAAAUAGGACCCGGUUCUUGCCUAGAUUGUUCAGAUUGAAAGUGAAAAACGUACGAACGCUAGACAAAGGCGGUAUAGAUUUUGCAAUAGAAAAGUGGAUUUGAUACACAGCCUUUAGGGAAAUCGGUUUCGCGAGUUAAGUGUGCUAAAUUUGUGAUCCCAUCCGAAUUGAUGUUCCUCUGCUUUUGAACAACAAUUCCUGCGACCAUUAGUUAGUGCCUUCGGAACGGGUGAGGGGAUUAUUUGUUUUAUGCGAAGUGGCAGAUUUAUAGCAGGCGGAGAAAGAAACUGCAGGUGUUGAGCUGACCGUUUGCUGACUUUCUCGUUGGACGGGUGGUUUCGGUGCUUUUCGGACUGAGAGCGGAGCAAGAUGUCACGAUCAUCUAGUGAUACCCAACUGGACAAGGUUCAAGGCAUCAGAGGAGCCUCCGUUUAUAACAUCCAUGGCUUAGCAGGAUCACAAGGAUCACUCAGCAUUCCUCCCAUCCACAAGGAUGUUCCGGGCUAUCGGGGAAGCAAUGAGUUCAUUUUAUCCGACGACAAAAAGUCCACCAUGGAUCAGCUGCGUGAAGUUGGCCCCUGGUGCCGGCGAAAGUACCGCAGCAUUUUCCGCAAGAAGAUCCUCUACAAGCGCGUUCCGGUGUUCAACUGGCUUCCCAAGUACAACAUGGACGAUGCUGUCGGCGAUCUAGUGGCCGGCUUUACCGUCGGCCUUACCGUUAUUCCACAGGCGCUGGCAUACAGUAGCAUUGCGGGACUACCGGCUGCCUAUGGUCUCUACGGUUCCUUCCUCGGUUGUUUCGUGUACAUCUUUCUGGGAUCCUGCAAGGACGUUCCAAUGGGACCGACAGCCAUUGCGUCUCUUCUGACAUUCCAAGUGACGCACGGAAUUUGGCAACGUGCGGUACUUCUUGCCUUCCUGACAGGCCUGAUUGAGCUGUUGAUGGGACUUUUUGCUCUCGGUUUUCUGAUCGAUUUCGUAUCUGGACCAGUCAGUUCUGGAUUUUCCUCCGCGGUGGCGUUGAUCAUUCUGAGUUCGCAAAUCAAGGAUCUGCUCGGCAUCGCUGCUAAGGGUAAUACGUUUAUUGAGCAGUGGCAGUCGAUAUUGGAUGACAUCCACAAUACUCAAUUGGGCGAUGCUGUGAUGGGUUUUACUUGCAUUGUGGUUUUGCUGUUGAUGAGACUUUUGCCACGCGUCAAAAUUGGACCCCUGGAAGUUGAACAACAGUCUGUAUUUCAGAAGAUCGUGAACAAGUCUUUGUGGCUGAUUGGAACAGCUCGUAAUGCCAUCAUUGUGAUAGUGUGCGGAUCUAUUGGAGCUGCCUUCUACAGCAAUGGGCAAAUGCCGUUCAAAAUGAUUGGCAACGUUCCGAGUGGACUCCCAUCAAUUCAACUACCACCGUUUUUCGUCCCGGAGGUUGUAGACGAAACCGGAGCAGUCGUCCAAGAAUAUGAAAGCUUCGGAGACAUGCUCGGUAGCUUCGGAUCAAUGCUGAUUGUAAUUCCAUUGAUUGCCCUCCUGGAAGACAUUGCCAUCUGUAAGGCUUUUGCUGACGGAAAACCUGUCGAUGCAACUCAGGAGCUGAUCGCUAUUGGUGUUUCGAAUAUUGCAAACUCCUUCGUUCAAGGCUACCCGGGAACUGGAGCACUUUCUCGAGGUGCCGUCAACAAUGCUAGUGGAGUUCGAACUGUGUUCGGUGGUCUGUACACGGGAAUCAUUGUAAUCCUAGCGCUCCUAUUCUUCACGCCCUACUUCUUCUACAUUCCGAAAGCUGCACUGGCCGCCAUCAUCAUUGCCGCUGUGGUGUUUAUGGUUGAGGUUCGCGUGGUAAAGCCCAUGUGGAGGAGUAAGAAAUCUGAUCUGAUUCCCGGAAUUGCUGCCUUCAUUGCUUGCUUGGCUCUUCCGAUCGAAUACGGCAUUCUGGUUGGUAUCGGCCUUAACGUCAUCUUCAUCUUGUACCACGCGGCUCGGCCAAAGAUCCACCUGGACCAACUGAUCACACCGUGUGGAAUCAAGUACCUGAUGCUCACCCCGGAUCGAAGUCUCAUCUUUCCAUCAUCUGACUUUGUACGAAACCUUAUCAACAAACACGGCCUCAAGAACCAAACUCCGGUGGUCAUUGAUUGCACUCACAUCUACGGAGCGGACUUCACCGCCGCUCAGGUCAUCGAUACACUUAUCAAAGAUUUCAAACUGCGAAAUCAGAUGCUACUCUUCCUGAAUCUGAAACCGUCCGUGUGCAACGUUUUCGAGGGAGCAGAUCUUGAGUAUCGAGUUUUCUACAAUAUCGAACAGCUGGAGAAGGCUAUACAGGAAAUUCGGCGAAAGAGUUUCCAGGCUUAGGACGAAAAACAAACACAUAGCGUGCUAGAGAGCAUUAGAUCAAUUGUAGAGCGGCAAAAGACAGAAACUCAGGACCAUUGAAACCGCUUAUCUAAUGGAAAGAGUUGUAAUCCUAGAUACUGAUAUUUAGUUCGUUAGUAACGAUGACUUAAUCGAACGAAUUGUGUCUCCCACAAGAGAAGUGAUCUAGAUUUUAAGGAGAGCGUGGACAUAUUAGGAGGUAGUAGUAGUUCCCGUUAAUUUGUUGAUAUGCUGGGUCGUACUGGAAAGCGACGGUAAAGGUGUACUUAAAUCCCGACGAUUAUAGAAGAAAAAUUCUUAUGAUUUGCUGAUAAAAUUGAAUCGGUUGUUAUUAUUUGUACAAGCAUGGCAAACAGAACGCUACGAAUCACCAGUUACAUUGGUAGGAUAAGCUAGUUUUUAGAUUUGUAAGUUGAUCCAUAUUGUUGAAAUACACGAAAUGUUCCUUUAUUUUAAUGAAA